AUGUGCCGAGGUGGCAGAAUAUCACGCUUACACUGCGAGCGCUUGAUCCAAAUGCUCACAGCGGGACCUUGUUACGGGGAACUGCUUCGGGUAGGGCAUGAUUCAAAAUGA